AUUAAAAGUGCCGGAAGAGGCGGAGAUCUUAAUGUUUCAUGAAGGUUCACAGUCGCGACUGUCUCAAGGGGGGCUUUUUUCCUUUGUAAAUGCUCGCCACUUUUUAAGCGCUCAUUGAGACAUCCAAAACGGUCAUGGAUUUUCCAGGACACUUUGACCAGAUCUUCCAGCAGUUGAAUUACCAGCGACUACAUGGACAGCUGUGCGACUGCGUAAUUGUUGUGGGCAGCCGUCACUUCAAGGCACAUCGCUCUGUGCUGGCGGCCUGCAGUACCCACUUCAGGGCACUUUUUACUGUUGCUGAAGGCGAUACCAGCAUGAACAUGAUCCAGUUAGACAGCGAAGUGGUGACAGCCGAGGCCUUUGCGGCUCUAAUCGAUAUGAUGUACACCUCCACGCUUAUGCUGGGCGAAAGCAACGUCAUGGAUGUUUUGCUAGCUGCCUCACACCUCCAUCUUAAUGCGGUGGUAAAAGCCUGUAAGCACUACCUGACUACUCGCACUCUGCCAAUGUCCCCCCAGGGCAGCACCGGUAGUGACAGAGCCCAGCAGGAGCAGCAAGCUGCCAGCUCUCGUCUGCAGCGGUCUUUUCUUUUGCAGCAGCUGGGCCUCAGCUUGGUGAACUCCCCAUUAGGAGGGCAGAAUGGAGCAGAGGAGACCAGCUCCCUGAGAGGUAGUGGAGCAGGAGUAGUGGAGCAAAGAGCAUCGUUUCCUAUCCGUCGAUUCCAUAAGCGCAAACCUUCAGUGGCAGAGGACAGACCCAGACAGCGGUUACGAACUUCAGCCGCAGUAGAUGACUCCAUGAUUGUCACAGACGUUGGCAGUGUAGUAGAUGCAGAAUCCCACAACCGAGAGUUUUUUUCCCCAGAUUCCAUUAAACUUGGAGAUGGACCUAAACCAGAUGGUGACCUCUGUGGCAUUUCUUCAGUAGACAAUCCAGACGAUAACACAAUGUUGUUUGAGCAGUCUUAUGGGGCGCAAGAAGAUUCCCAGCUGCCUAGUCAGUCGGACGUUGGCAGCAGCACGUUGCCACAGCAGCCUCUCGGUGGAAACGCUGGAGAUGAUAGCAACUUUCAAGAUGUUGCUGGAGCUGGAGAAAAAGAUUUGGGAGUUGGUGUUGAGAAAGAAGAGGAUGAAGAGCACAUGAGAGUAGUAGUUAAGAGUGAACCGCUCAGCUCCCCAGAACCACAGGACGAAGUAAGUGAUGUCACCUCACAGGCAGAAGGCAGUGACCAAGUGGAACCUGGUGCUGAUAAGAUUGAGCUGAGCCCAGAGAGCAGCGAUCGCAGCUUUUCUGACCCCCAGUCCAGCACAGACCGUGUGGGUGAUAUUCACCUCCUGGAUACGGCUGGUGCUGGGGCUAAUGGGCCUGGCAUAGUUCCCUCCAGCAGUGGCAGUCUGGACAGUAAACAGGUAUUUAGCAUCUCCAGCUUCCUUAACAAGGGAAGAGUGGGUGGCAGUGGCUACAUAGCAGCAGGGGGUAACCAGGGUACCGACGACAACCUUCCUAACACUACAAGUGGAGAUUGCCGCAUGGAGGGAGAUACUGCUUAUCUCAUGAGUCCGGAAUCUGUAAAUGGCCCGGCCCACCAUCACCUCCACAACCACUUGCACCUUUCUGGUGAAAAUAAUCCAUUCAGUGAUUCAUCAGACGGCCAUUUCUUGAGGCCUAUGCAAGACACCCUUGGCCAAAGCUACCGUGGAGCUGAUCACUUUGCUUUGGACUUUCAGAGGUCCAGUUUGGGCUUACGUUCUAUCGCAAGGCCCAGCAGAGGCGGUAAUGGGCCCCUGGGGAUGGGAUUUCCAAGUUAUCGCCGUAUCGCCCCAAAGUUGCCAGUGGUGGGGGCUUCUCUACGUAUGGAUGGGACGCAAUUGCAAGAUCCGUCCUCUUCCUCCUCGUCAUCUUCUGCUGGAGUCGGACCUCAUAUGCUUCUCAACGGGGCAUCGGGUUCAGGUUAUGAUAGUGGUCAGCCAGUGGGACCUCCUCAAUUGACCAGGGCCUCGGCAGACGUGCUUUCAAAAUGCAAGAAGGCUCUUUCUGAGCACAAUGUACUGGUGGUGGAAGGAGCACGGAAAUACGCGUGCAAGAUCUGCUGCAAAACGUUCCUUACCUUGACAGACUGCAAAAAGCACAUAAGAGUACAUACCGGAGAAAAGCCCUACGCAUGUCUGAAGUGUGGUAAACGCUUCAGCCAGUCCAGCCACCUUUAUAAGCACUCAAAGACGACUUGUCUCCGGUGGCAGAACAGCAACCUGCCCAACACGCUGCUCUAAUGCCUUCUUUCUGUCAACGUGUCAUUCCGGACCCACGCGUGAAAGCACAGAUGGAAAACCACCUCUGUCUUUUUGGUUUUCAGAGUUUGUGAGCAACUUUUAGUAUUUGAAAGAUAAAUUGUAGCAGACUACAGUUGUUUCAUUUUAGGAAAAAAAAACAACAUAGAAACACCGCUUUUUAUUUUUUUAAGCCUCUUAUUCUAUAUCGGGCAUACUUUAAUAUUUUGAUAUAAGCCGUCAAAGAGCAUCUGGUAUAAAUAUUAGCCUGUUAAAGACCCGUAUUUAAGACCUACAGCCUAAUAUUUUCUGAUUACUUUUUGUACUGAAUUGACUUUUCUAUUUUUUUUUUUGUUUUGUUUUUUUCCUCCUAGUAUGUUUUGCACAGUAACUUUAGUUUGACGUUGCCGGGGAUGCAAAGUGUUAUUGUAAUGAUAACAAGAUUGCCCUCUAGCUGCAGACAGGAGAAACAUCCGCUCCGAAGAAAAACAGGGUAGUGAUAAUUGGUGUAGGAGACACGUUUAGAUCAUUUUUUAAAUUAUAAGAAAACAGCUUUGACCUAAUCUUUGGUUUUUAAGAGAAUUGUGCAAAUACAGGGUGCUGAAGUAAUAAACAGUUACAAACUGGGGGGGCGACAGGAGAUGUGUAUAUAAUGCAUAUUAUCUUGGGGUUCAGUUGUUUCCUUUUUCGCUGAAAUGAAACUGUCAAUCGACUAGUGAGUCUUGUUUUGUGUGUGCAUUUCCGAAGCAGUAUUUGUUUUUCUCCAACUACAUUAUAAAUGUAGAAAAUAACUUCAUUUUCUAAAGUGGGUGAAAUGAGAUAAUUAGCUUUUCCUGUCAGUCUCCCUCUUGUCCUUCCUCCACACGUGGUACUGGCCAUUACAGCCACAGUCAUUAUGUUUGGGAUUGGAACUUCCUAUUGGAAGCACUGUUUAUUCCUAAUGGAGAAAACAAAGAAUUUGAUAAUAUUGUACAGUAUUUUAUAUUUUGUUAAUGUUUCAGUACAGAUCACUACUCAGAAUUAUUUUGAGCCCUUGGGGUGGAAAGCGAUAAAUACCGGCUUGGAAUAUAUUGGUCAUUUAACAACAACUAAGCUUAAAAGUCAUAAUGCUGGCUUAACUUUUUUCCCCCCAGGCUUUGGCCUUGCAUAAUCAGCAUACAGAAAAGUAAAAAUGAUAUCUUUGUCUCAAACUGUAGAAUAAUGUGUUUGUACAGUCCAUCCUAAUUAAACUGUCAUUCUCAAGGA